CGAAAAUACCUUUUUCUUCAUUUUCACGCCAAGUUCAGCCUCAUCUAGCUGUGACACGCCUCGCAGCGAACUCAAUCGCCAUCCCGGGAAUCGACUACACCCUAUCCAACCAUUCUUGGCGUCGACUCGACCUUUGAAUUCAUUAUACCAGAGCACGCCUAGGAAAGAGCAAAGGAAUUUACGUCAAAUUGACUACUGGGUGAUAAUCUCACAAUGUCUUCACAACAAAGUCAAGGCCAAGGCGGCGGGAUGCCUCCUCAAACUGGACCUCCAUAUCUCCCAACGACCGCAGGCCUCGGCGGCAGGCCUACCCCAUCAGUUGACGAUCCAAUCAGCGGCGUGCUACUGGGCUUGUUUGUAACUGGUGCCGCCCUCAACAUGACCAUCUUCCAGUUGAACAGACGUCGCUCGCACAAGUUCAUCCUCUCGGCCCUUCUGUUCGGUUUCUGUAUGGCCCGAAUCAUCGCCAACGUCCUCCGCAUCGUGUGGGCUGCAUACCCGACCAACGCCCGAAUCGCCAUCGCAGCCCAGGUCUUUGCCAACGCCGGUGUUAUUCUACUAUUCGUCGUCAACUUGAUCUUUGCUCAACGCAUCCUCCGCGCCUAUCACCCGCAUAUUGGUUGGAGCAAGCCAGGCACACUCGUAUUCCGUUUCUUCUUUUUCAGCAUCGGCGCUAUGCUCGUCAUGCUGAUCGUCGCCGUCGUCUACAACUUUUACACCAUCGACCCCCACACCAAGCACCAGCUUCGUGAUGUUCAGCUCACUGCCAUUACUUAUCUCGCCAUUUUGGCCUUCCUUCCUUUGCUGACUAUCGCAAUCUGUCUCAUUCUCCCACGGAAGGCUCCUAUGGACAAGUUUGGUAAGGGUCGAAUGCGCACCAAGCUCGGCCUCCUUAUCUUCACCUCAACUCUGCUCACUUUGGGUGCUGCGUUCCGUGCUGGCGUCAGCUAUAAGAUCCGACCGGCUAACGACCCAGCCUGGUAUCACCACAAGGCCUGCUUCUACUGCUUCAACUAUGUCAUUGAGCUCAUUGUUGUCUUUUCGUACGCCCUGUCGCGGUUCGACCGACGUUUCCAUAUUCCCAAUGGCAGCAGCGGUCCCGGCGACUACUCGGGAAGUGUCAAGUCGGACAGCCCUAUGUAUCGUGUCUGCACCGAGGAGGAAGUCUUUGGUGACGAUGAGCGGCCACGAGCUGAGCGACGACGAGAGCAACAGCAAGAGCUGGAGGAAGGCCUGAAGCGCAAGGAGAACAACGAGAGUGUCUAAGGGUGGAACUUUUCAGGGUCUGUACAAGUUGAUAUUUUCCUUUGUUAUACCAAUCCGCGAUGGAAGAAAUAGGCAUCAUCUGCGGACACCGGGUUAGUAAUCGGAUGCAUACUGAUUAGAGUCAAGGAGAGAAUAAAAAGGGGACUGCGCACGGCACACAAACGGGUAUCUAGAUGGAUGAGUUACGAAACUUCUCACCACAAACUUAAUAAUGGACCAUCUCGCGAUUGCUCCAAAUCAAAUACAUUGUAUAAAUUCCUUGA